UUAUCAAUUACAUUGAAAAUACUGUAAAUGUUUUGACGUUUUGACUAAUUAGUGGUAAAACCCAAUACAAGUUAUAUAUGAUAUGAUUGAGUGAUUGUAAUGUCUUGUAGUAAUGGAUUCAUUGAUCAGAUUCAAUGCUCAGACCACUGGUCGGGAAAAACUCUUGAGGUUAUGUCAAUUCACUUCACGUAUGGUUUGGUCACUACUUAUGAAAUACAAACCAAAUGAUGAAUCCAUCGAUAAGUUUCAAGACUUGGAAAGUAAAUUGAGUUCAUCGCGAAAAUUGUUAAGACUUGGACGUUGUAUCGAUGCAUUGUAUUCAUCAUUACAAACAAUGCAUUUACCGGAUCCGACACUUCGGGUAACUUUGACGGUCUCGAGAAUUGCAAAUUCUUUAUAUUUAUUAUGCGAUCAUAUGGUAUGGUUGGCUUCAACCGGUCUUAUUAGUGUUAAUGGCAAACAAUGGUCCGAAUGGAGUAAUAAGUUCUGGUUAUAUUCAAUAGCAAUGAAUCUUACCCGAGAUAUCUAUGAAAUUAGUAAUAUAUUGAAAUUUAGUUUGACUUUUAAUAAAAAUAAUAUCAAUCAAAACUACUAUUAUGAACACUCGUCUCGAUUUGAUGGCAAUCAAACAAAUCUUAUAAAUUCAUCAAAAGCUCAAUAUCUUAAAAUAAUUGAAUGGAUUAUUAAACAUAAGAUUAUAUGCAUUGACACAUUUAAAAACUUUUGUGAUUUAUGGAUACCGUUGACAUCAUUAGGUCACACAAAGUUAUCUCCGCAAACCAUUGGUUUUUUGGGAUUGUUUUCAUCAUUAAUUGCUAUUUUGCAAAUCUAUAAUUACUCUUAUCGAUUAUCUCCCUCUUAAUUAAUAGAAUUUUAUUAUUUAAA